AUGCCUCUGAAGUCUCUUAAAAAUAAAAAGAACUCAGAUGGAGGUAAGGCAGAAUGGAAAACUGAAAGAUUAACCGAUGAAGUGAAGAAUGUGACAGUAACAGCUGUUAAUGUGAUAGAACCUGAGCUUGAUAUAAUUGCAAGUGAAAAGGAACUUAUGCUAAAGACCUUAUUGUCUGAUACUGCUUUUACUCGAUUAAAAGAUUCAGAGACUGGACUACAUGCCAAGUCACUCCAUGAACUAACUGAAUUAUCCCAAAAAUAUUACGAUGAAGUUGCCUUGCCUAAACUGGUUGCCGAUUUUGGUUCUUGGGAACUCUUUCCAGUUGUCGGUCGCAUAUUAACAGACUUCAUGCACACAAGAGGACUUCGGAUGCGUUCCCUUGGGAAAGUUGUUAAACUUUCAGAGAAGUUGUCGCAUGUGCAGUCUCUUUGCAUCCAUGAAAUGGUUGUACGUGCUUUUAAGCACAUUCUGCAGGCAGUUAUUUCUGCUGUUCAGAGACCUGAGAAUCUGGCAGGACCAAUUGCAGCAGCACUGAAUCUGAUGCUUGGAGUUUUUGAACGGGAACAGGAUUUUGAUAUAAAAUCUGCACAUCCCUUCCGCAAAGAAGACAUAGCUUCACUUGUACCAGUUCAUAAGCAAGCGGCAUGUUCUUCUGCUGAUGGACGACAACUCUUGGAAAAUUCUAAAACAGCCCUGGAUAAGGGAAAACUUGAAGAAGCUGUCAACUAUGGAACAAAGACCCUUGCAAAGUUGGUAGCAGUAUGUGGUCCCAAUCACCGGAUGACUGCUGGAGCUUACAGCCAUCUUGCCGUUGUUUUAGAUCACACGGGAGAUUUCAACCAGGCCAUAAUAUAUCAGCAAAAAGCAUUGGAUAUCAAUGAGCGGGAACUAGGUCUUGAUCAUCCAGAUACUAUUAAAAAUUACGGCGAUCUUGCUGUUUUCUAUUACAAAUUGCAACACACAGAAUUGGCACUCAAAUAUGUGAAACGAGCUUUGUAUCUAUUACAUCUCACGUGUGGUCCAUCACAUCCAAACACUGCUGCAACAUACGUGAAUGUGGCUAUGAUGGAGGAAAGACUUGGUAAUGUGCACGUUACUCUAAGAUAUCUUCAUAAAGCUCUGAAGUGCAACCAGAUGCUUCUUGGCCCAGACCAUAUUCAGACAGCCGUCAGUUACCAUGCCAUUGCAAUUGCGCUCUCAUUGAUGGAAGCAUAUCCUUUAAGUGUUCAACAUGAACAAACGAACUUCCAAAUACUCCGGGUAAAGCUGGGACCAGAUGACCAUCGCACACAGGAUGCUGCUGCAUGGCUCGAAUAUUUUGAAUCCAAAGCUUUUGAGCAGCAAGAAGCUGCUAGAAAUGGGACUCGCAAGCCUAAUGCUUCUAUAGCCAGCAAGGGCCACCUUAGUGUAUCAGAUUUGCUCGACUACAUUAAUCCAAGCCAAGAUGCUAAAGGGAAAGAUGCUGCAGGAUCAAAGAGCAGAAGUUACAUUGCAAAGGCAAAGGCGAAAUCCCUCCAAAACAAUCCAACCUCAAUGGAUUCUGAAGUGACCCCAAAAUAUACUUCAAUUGAGGCUGCAAAUGAAGACAACCAAACCCCUAACUCUAAUGUCAACACCUCUGUCAAUCAUCGAUCUUCCUCUCCACUACUUCAGUCCGGAGAAGUUUUAGAGGCACCGACUGAGAAAAAACCUAUCCAGCCCGUACAAUAUUUGACACAGGAACCCGUAAUUGGAACGCCUGUUAAUAAUGAUGUCUCACCUGAAACACACCAUGAAGGAGAAGAUGGAUGGCAGACAGUCCAAAGACCAAGGGUGCUCUACGGAAUUCUAUGUGGCAAAGAACCCAUCAGUGGGGACCAAAUUUGGGCGAAAGUUGGUCAAAACUGUAGCUUACAGAGUGAAGUCUGUGUCAUCAUCCACUACAGAUACUGCUGCACAAGGCUUCAAGAACGAGGCAAGGCACUAAACUCUACACCACCUUCAUACAAGGAAGUAGCUUUGGCACCGCCUGGCACCAUACCUAUGUUCCAGGCAAAUGACGGUUAUAGCGCCGAGGAAGUUGAAGAACAUAACGAGCAGCAAUUCGAUGCUGAGAAUAAAUCUGGGGAUGUUCUGUUAACUGCAGGAAAUGAUCAGGAAGUGGGUGCUUGUACUGGAGAUUCAGAUGCAACCCUAGCCUAUGAUGAUUGUACAAAAUCAAAUGCCAAAGGGGCAGAUGAAAUGAUGGUGAAAUCGUCUUUGAAUAUCUCGGAAGAAGUUGCCAAUAAGAAGCUAUCAGCAAGGCGGCAGCUCCAUACAAUCCAUCUGCAGUCGCUCCACAUGUGGCGCCGCUGCCCAUUCCACCAGUCGGGCCUUGGCCUGUGA